AAAAAUACACAUUUCCUUUAAACCCUACAAUUUAGGGGUUUAGGGUUUAUCGUUCAUUGUCGCGCCAAGCCUUAAAGCUUAAACCUUUCUAGUUCUCAAGCAUCUGAACAAUGACACCAUUGCCAUAUUUCUGUUAGAACUUAAGAAAAGUCAAUCACAAUUCGAAGAUUUUACAAUGGCUGUCUCAAAAAUUUCCUCGUGUGUAGCAAUGGCGGCCGCGGCGGCAUCGUUAUCCACUCUCUCCGACUCCGCGUACGCCGAUUCCUCAUUUCGCUUCCCUUUCUUUUCUUCGUCUUCUUCGUCGGACAAAACGGAAAAUUCCAAAUCGGAUUCUGAUGGAGCGAAAGCUGAAGAGUCCAAAGGGUCCGGGUUCGACCCUGAAUCGUUGGAGAGAGGUGCCAAAGCUCUUCGCGAAAUUAAUAGCUCUCCCAACGCUAAACAGGUCUUUGAUCUCAUGAGAAAACAGGAACAAACCCGCCUAACCGAGUUGGCUGCUGAGAAGGCUCAUCAUGAGGCAAUUCAAGCUCAAAAUGAUAUUGAAAGACAGAGAAAACUGGCUGAAGAACAAAGGAAUAUAGUACAGCAGCAAGCACAUGCAAAAGCACAAAUGCUACGAUAUGAAGAUGAGUUAGCUAGAAAAAGAAUGCAGACAGACAAUGAAGCCCAGAGGCAACAUAAUGUUGAGUUGGUUAAUCUGCAAGAGCAAUCGUCAACACGUAAAGAACAGGCUCGUAGAGCUACAGAGGAGCAAAUUCAAGCGCAACAGCGCCAGACAGAGAAAGAGAGAGCUGAAAUUGAACGGGAAACCAUAAGAGUUAAGGCGAUGGCAGAGGCUGAAGGUCGAGCCUAUGAAGCAAAAUUGACUGAAGAUCACAAUCGGAGAAUGCUUAUAGAAAGAAUUACCGGUGAAAAAGAAAAAUGGCUUGCUGCUAUAAAUACAACUUUUGGGCAUAUAGAAGGAGGUGUAAGAAGUUUAUUGAAUGAUAGGACAAAGUUGGUUAUGACUGUAGGUGGAGUUACAGCAUUAGCGGCAGGAGUUUAUACCACUAGAGAAGGUUCUAGAGUUGUAUGGGGCUAUGUUAAUCGUAUACUAGGACAACCAUCACUGAUUCGAGAAUCAUCCAUGUCAAGAUUCCCAGGGUCAGAGCUAUUUUCUAAAGCAAAAAGUAAAGUCUUAAAUUAUAGUACAGCAACUGCAACUGCAACUGCAACAUCCGAAACUUUGAAAAAUAAAAGGAGUCUUGGAAAUGUUGUACUCCAUCCUUCAUUACAGAGGAGAAUAGAACACCUUGCAAAAGCUACAUCAAAUACCAAAGCACAUCAGGCACCCUUUAGGAACAUGCUUUUUUAUGGGCCUCCUGGCACUGGAAAAACCAUGGUCGCAAGGGAGAUUGCUCGAAAAUCGGGUCUGGAUUAUGCUAUGAUGACUGGAGGUGAUGUUGCACCGUUGGGUCCUCAGGCUGUUACAAAAAUCCAUCAAAUAUUUGAUUGGGCAAAAAAAUCCAAGAAAGGUUUACUACUUUUUAUUGAUGAAGCAGAUGCUUUCUUAUGCGAACGUAAUAGUACACAUAUGAGUGAAGCUCAGCGCAGUGCUUUAAAUGCAUUGCUCUUCCGAACUGGAGAUCAAUCGAGGGACAUAGUUUUAGUCCUUGCCACAAACAGGCCAGGUGAUCUUGACAGUGCCAUCACUGAUCGUAUCGACGAGGUAAUAGAGUUCCCACUUCCCGGGGAAGAGGAACGCUUUAAACUACUAAAGCUAUAUUUGAACAAGUACAUUUAUGGUGAAGGUGAAGUUGAAGAUUCAACUAAAUUAGGACAUUUGUUCAAGAAAAAGCCACAGAGCAUAACUGUAAAGGAUCUUUCUGAUGAUGUGAUCCAAGAGGCUGCCAAGAAAACAGAAGGGUUUUCUGGCCGCGAGAUAGCAAAACUCGUGGCUGGCAUCCAAGCAGCCGUUUAUGGCCGACCGGAUUGUGCUUUGGAUUCCGAGUUGUUCAAGGAAAUUGUGGAUUAUAAGGUUGCAGAGCAUCAACAGCGAAUUAAACUAGCAGCUGAAGGUGGUCAGCUUGUGUAGCUAUAAAUUCAUAUUCAUUAUGGAGAAUUUUUGUUAGUUUUUUCUUUUAUGUUUUAUACAAUUAACUCGAUUUGGAAACUUUGUCAUAUGUAUUAUUCUUCAUUUGAUGAAGCAAUUUUUCUUCUUUUUUUUUUGGUGGGAAAGGUAUCCUUUUGGAGAGUCAAAAGAUACGUGUAACAAUUCAUUACAUUGUACUAUGUAAUGUCUUCAAUUUCACAAAUAAUUUUUCUUCUUUUACUAAUAAAGUUAAUUUGAAAUCA